AUGCGCAGUGUGGCUGUAGCUCAGCUUUCUGACAUGCCGACGGUCAGUGUGAAGCGGGAGCUGCUCUUCCAGGCGCUGGGCAGGCGCUAUACUGAUGAAGAAGUUGAUGAACUUUGCUUUGAGUUUGGUCUGGAGCUUGAUGAAAUUACGUCUGAGAAGGACAUAAUAAGCAAAGAACAAGGUGAUGGAAAGGCAGAGAGUGCAUCAGAUAUCAUUCUCUAUAAAAUCGAUGUUCCUGCUAACCGAUAUGAUCUUCUUUGUCUGGAAGGAUUGGUCCGAGGGCUUCAGGUCUUUAAAGAAAGGAUAAAGGCCCCUAGAUACAAAAGGAUUAUGCCAGCGAAUAGUGACGUUCAAAGGCUGAUUAUUACUGAAGAGACUGCCCAAGUUCGUCCUCAUGCUGUAGCUGCAGUCCUUCGUAACAUAACUUUUUCCAAGGAUCGCUAUGAUAGUUUCAUUGACCUACAAGAAAAACUACAUCAGAACAUCUGCAGGAAAAGAGCAUUAGUAGCGAUUGGUACCCAUGACCUGGACACAAUCUCUGGUCCAUUUACUUAUACAGCUAGACCUCCUUCAGAAAUUAGAUUCAAGCCCCUGAAUCAGUCCAAGGAGUAUACUGCUUCUGAAAUUAUGGAUCUAUAUCGGACUGACAGCCAACUUAAGCAUUAUUUACACAUAAUUGAAAACAAACCACUUUAUCCAGUUAUCUACGAUAGCAACGGUGUCGUUCUUUCGAUGCCACCAAUCAUCAAUGGAGACCAUACAAAAAUAAGCCUAAAUACCAGAAAUGUGUUUGUUGAAUGCACAGCCACUGAUAUUACAAAGGCAAAAAUUGUCCUCGAUAUCUUAGUCACGAUGUUUAGUGAAUAUUGUGAGAAGCAAUUCACUGUUGAAGCAGCAGAAGUAACUUAUCAUAAUGGAAAAACCUGCAUCUAUCCAGAACUGGCUUACCGAAGAGAAAAAGUGAAACCUGAUUUAAUGAACAAGAAAAUUGGAAUCAGUGAAACGCCAUCAAGUCUUGCAAAGCUGCUGACCAGGAUGUGUUUGAAGUCACAUGUCACAGGGAAUGGGAACAGUAUAGAAAUUGAAAUCCCUCCUACCAGAGCGGACAUUAUCCAUGCAUGUGAUAUCAUAGAAGAUGCAGCAAUAGCUUAUGGUUAUAACAACAUUCAGAUGACUAUUCCAAAAACAUACACCAUAGCCAAUCAAUUUCCUCUCAAUAAGCUCACAGAACUUCUGAGACAGGACUUGGCAGCUGCUGGAUUCACUGAAGCACUCACUUUUGCACUGUGUUCCCAAGAAGAUAUUGCUGAUAAACUUGGUGUGGACAUCUCUUCAACGAAAGCAGUACACAUAGCUAAUCCCAAAACAGCAGAAUUUCAGGUGGCACGCACCAGCCUCUUGCCUGGCCUCCUGAAGACCAUUGCUGCUAAUAGAAAGAUGCCUUUGCCUCUGAAACUUUUUGAAAUCUCUGACAUUGUUGUAAAAGAUUCCACCAAAGAUGUAGGUGCAAGGAACCAGAGGAAUCUCUGUGCCAUUUACUACAACAAGAACCCCGGGUUUGAGGUCAUCCAUGGGUUGCUGGAUAGAGUCAUGCAGCUGCUGGCUGUGCCACCAAGCAAAGAGAGUGGAUAUCUAAUCAAGGCAGCUGACGACUCUGCUUUCUUCCCUGGCCGCUGUGCUGAGAUCCUUGCCAAAGGUCAAAGUAUUGGGAAGCUUGGAGUCCUUCACCCUGAUGUUAUCACCAAAUUUGAGCUCACUAUGCCAUGCUCUGCCCUAGAGAUCAAUAUUGAGCCCUUCUUGUGAAGACAAGACUGUGUUAUAUCACCUCCAAACAUCCACUUCACAUGCAACCAUGCCCUUUAGUCUCUCUCUGCAGAGAACAUUCACUUAUACUUCAAUGUUCUAAUAAACUAGAAAAACACGGUCUGGCUCCAUGCGUAAAUAUGUUCCUUACAUUACAAUUAGGCUGGCAUCUGCAGUGUAAGAAUGUGGUAACUAGGGCUAGAAUGUGCCAUCAAUGUGUUUACUCCCCCCCACAAAAAAAAAGUUGGGUAAAAUCCCAGUGUAUUACAAGAGAAAUGUAAUGGCAAAGCACAUGAUUAGUUUUCAAAAUCAGAAAUGUUCCACCGACAGAGCUUCAUACUGUAACUGAUUAUGGCUGCAUAACAGGAAUCUCAUUCUUUUCUUAUUGCAUGAAAUAAGAUAAUUGAUUAGCACAAAUGUUGAACGAAUGUGAGCAGAACUAAGGAAUUGAGCUUUUAUUCUGUACGGUUGUCAUUUGCUCAUCAGUGGUUGGGGGAAGGAAAUAAACUUUUUCAUGGAAACCAGAGCUAUUUUGUAAGCAAGACUUAUACAAUAUCUCCUGCAAUGCAGUAAGCAAAACCUUUGAUCUCUUAUCAUUCUAAAGUCAAAGAAAAAUCAAAGUUGGAAUUAUUUCGUGGUACAAGUAAAGCCUUAUCAUUUUGAAGCUCUGCACUAACUAAAUUGGAGAGAGAAACUUAAAAAAACAAAAAGCAGACUGACCUUUUUGCUUAGAGUCCAAAAAUAUUGAUCAAAGGUUUUAUGGGAUGGAGGCUAUGAUGUAUGCCUGCAAAACUUGAUACAUUUCAUGUUGCACUUGCAUAGCCGUAGCAAUGGAUUUCACAACUCCUGCCGCAGCAUAUGAGAGUGGGCAUUGAUACAGUUGUUUUGCACUUCCUUACCCAGCCUUGUGCGUAUGCUGUAAUGACUGACCAUCUGUGUUACCUUCCUUGUCUUGCCAAACCUUCAGGCCUCUCAGUGUGGUUGUCAUUUGCUCUGAUCACCUAUUGGAACCUCCCAGUAUGACACAAGUAUUGCUGUUGAUGUCGGUCAGUUUUUACAAGGGGGCACAACAGUUUUCUAUUUUAUGGCCUCCACUAGCUUGGAAAAUGAGCCUGCCCCAAGCUGCAGCAUUUCUCCAGAUAUCCAUUCCCACAUAGAACA